CCUUUUCUUUUUGCGAAUACAGACUAACAUGGCUGCUACUCUGAAAACUCUUUAUACUGUUACAGCUUGUCCCCCUUCCUGUAUGGGACUAGCUAUCCCAGUAAGCACUUUACACUAGUAGAACUGAGCCCACAUGAGGGGUUUUACCCGUGUGACUCUAUCUGUACCAAUCACCCCCUACCAGACUGAGGCACAGCGGUGUGUAAAGCAGGGGGCUGGGAAGGAGCUGUCCUAUGGCUAACUGCUCCGUAUUUGCCCACCAUGAACCUCUCUGUGGUGCAUCUGGUACUGAACGAGGCGUGCCACUCAGAGUAAGCUUGGCCCUUCCCUGCAUGUGGCCUUGUCUUCGCUAGCCGUAAAGAGCCUGCGUGUAGCUCGGGUUAGCUGAUGUGAGGUCAAUUCUGUGGAUGUGCCAGUUGGAAAUCUUCACAUGAGUUAGUCGGUAGAGACUGAUGGUAUGCAAAGGCCAGCGCUGCGCUGGGGGGCACCAAGAGUAGUGAUGGAAUGUGGGGCUGAGCCCCAUUGGUGUGUGUUUGCAUUACAGGUGCACCCUGUGUGCCCUGGGGCGGUGGGUGCCUUUCCUGUGGUGUCUGUGCAGCAUCUUGCACAAGGAGCUCUCUGGAUUUUUGACACAUCUAGGUGGUGGCAGUGGUGAGGAGAGAGAUUGCACAUUCUGUCUGUGCAGCACACUGAGAUGUUAACAACACUCCCCUGCUGUGUCCGAUUGUAAUUGUGUUGCUAGGUUAAGACCCUCCCAGAAGACAGUGCUUGCCCGAGGAGAAGAUGCUCAAGGACGCGUCUCUUCAAAAAUGUGGAGUUUUUCUGUGUGACUAAGGGCUUGUCUACACGCAAAAUGCUCGCUUCAGCAGCAGGGGGGUUCACUUGUCAGCAGGGUCAAUCCACCUCCCCGAGAGGCAGGAGCUAGGUUGAUGAAAGAAUUCUUCUGUCAACCCAGCACUCUCCAUGCCGGAGGCUAGCUUGGCUUAGCUUUGUUGCGCAGUGGGGUGGAUUUUUUUCCCCUGAGAGGUCAACCCAGCUACAUCAAUCUUUGGAGUGUAGCCCUUGCCACCAGAGGAAGGCUGGCCUUGUGGGUAGAGCACUGGAGUGGGCCUCAGAUUCAAUUCUUGGCUUGUUGGACCCUGGCCCAGUCACUUCACGUCUCUGUGCCUCAGUUCCCCAUCUGUAAGACGGGGUGAACACAUCUGUCUGCUCCUCAGGGCAGGGGCCCUUGCUAGGGGUAUCUAUGUAGGUGUCUAGCACAGUGUGGUCCUGAGCUUUGCUGGGACCUCGAAGCACUGUCAGAACACAUUUGUAGAGUGCCAUUGGUGGUAAUAACUCCAGGUGGCCAGAGUUGGGGAGUGUGCUGUAACAAUGGGGUGCCACGUGCCGGGCUCUCAGGUGUCUGGCUGACUUGGUUGGAAGCUGGUCUGGCGACAUGGGCAGGUGGAGAGGCCGGUUUUUCUACCUCCUCCUCUGUGGAGCACAAACUCUGCGGAGCGUGUGAGCGGUGUGGGGUGAUACUGCUCGGAAGUGGCUGGGAAAAAUGAUCCGUCAACUUCAGUUUUAAGUGGAAGCUGCCUGGGCUGGGCCGUGGGAGGGAAGGAUCAGGCAUUGCCAGCUCUAGCCUGUUCCCCUGCUCUGGUGCAACAGGCAGAGACGGGUGAGCACCUGGGGCAGGUGAUGCGCCCCGGCGCAGGCUCUGGUGCACGCUGCUCCCUUCACCUCUGCGUGGUCCGGCAGGCUGGCUUGCUAUGGAAUGUGAUGAGAAGCUGGUCCGGUUCCGACAGGCCCACCUCAACCCCUUCAACAAGCAGCCGGGGCAAGGCCAGCAUGACCAGGAGGCUGGGGACGACCUUUCUUGUAGAGGUAGAUGUCUCCCUUCCCUCUCCAUACGUCUCUGCUUGUUGCAGACUCGCUGCUGGGGCUGUCCCACGGGGACCCCAGGUUCCAGUGCUCGGAGCGCAUGAUGGACCUGGGGCUGGCGGAGGACCACUUUUCCCGCCCUGUGGGCUUGUUCCUGGCCUCAGACAUCCAGCAGCUGCGGCAGGCGAUCGAGGAGUGCAAGCGGGUGAUCCUGGAGCUCCCUGAGCACUCGGAGAGGCAGAAAGAUGCUGUGGUCAGGCUCAUCCACCUGCGCCUGAAACUCCAGGAGCUGAAGGACCCCAGCGAAGAUGAGCCCAACAUCCGGGUGCUCCUGGAACAUCGCUUCUACAAGGAGAAGAGUAAGAGCGUCAAGCAGACGUGUGACAAGUGCAACGCCAUCAUCUGGGGCCUGAUUCAGACCUGGUACACCUGCACAGGGUGUUACUAUCGCUGUCACAGCAAGUGCCUGAACCUUAUCACCAAGCCUUGCGUGAGGUCCAAAGUCAGCCACCAGGCUGAGUACGAGCUGAGCAUCUGCCCCGAGACAGGCCUGGACAGCCAGGAUUACCGCUGUGCAGAGUGCCGGGCGCCCAUCUCCCUCCGGGGCGUGCCCAGCGAGGCCAGGCAGUGCGACUACACUGGCCUGUACUACUGCGGUAACUGCCACUGGAAUGAUCCGGCCAUCAUCCCGGCCCGUGUCAUCCACAACUGGGACUUCGAACCCCGCAAGGUCUCUCGCUGCAGCAUGCGUUACCUUGCCCUGAUGGUGUCGCGGCCGGUGCUCAAGCUGCGGGAAAUCAACCCCCUUCUCUUUAACUAUGUGGAGGAGCUGGUGGAGAUCCGGAAGCUGCGCCAGGAUAUCCUGCUCAUGAAGCCCUACUUCAUCACCUGCAAAGAGGCCAUGGAGUCUCGUCUGCUGCUCCAGCUGCAGGACCGGCAGCACUUUGUGGAGAACGACGACAUGUACUCGAUACAGGACCUGGUCGACAUCCAGGCUGGGCGCCUCAGCUGCUCCUUAGCGGAGAUCCACACCCUCUUCGCCAAGCACAUCAAGCUGGACUGCGAGCGGUGCCAGGCGAAGGGCUUUGUGUGUGAGCUCUGCAAAGAAGGAGAUGUGCUCUUCCCGUUCGACAGCCACACAUCGGUGUGCACGGACUGCUCUGCUGUCUUCCACAGGGAUUGCUACUAUGACCAUUCGACCACGUGUCCCAGGUGUGCUCGGCUCAGCCUGCGGAAGCAGUCGCUCUUCCGAGGUCCCAGUGUGGAGGAGCAGGCCUAGGGUCCCCCAGCGCCCCCCCAGACCUUGGCACCAAAGAACUGGGUGUUCGAGGGGCGCGGUUGCAGUGCUGGGGCUCCCUGUGGCUGCGAGAUCUGAACUAGCUGCCACCGGGGGUAGACCCGGGCAGGGAACAAGGUGUCGCGCAGGCCCGAGAGGGCGCUUUGCCCUGGGACGCCGGGACCAGCCCAGCACACUGCCUGUUGCUGGGAAUUGGUGCCGGGAGGCAGCUCCGCUGGUUCUGAGCCCUGCUCUGAGAACUCCCUGGGCUGGGGCUGUGUGCAAUGGGGAGGCAGGAGCUGCUGGAGGCUUCUCGCUGUCCCACAGCAAGCGCUGGGGUCUGCAGCGCUGCCAGCCGCCCUGCCUCUAGCUGCUCUGCCUCCAGCUGUGCAAUGAAGCAGGGCACAUGCCCUUUGCUGUGGCAGGUUUUACCAGGGGUGACUGUGCACAAAUCCCCGGUGAAAGGAGGGGCCUGGUGUCCCCGAGACACUGACAAAGGGGGACUUGUGCACCCUCCCCGAAAGAGAUUAGCCUGGAGCAGGGGCUUUCUGGGGCGCUGCUACUUGCUGGUGAUUUGCCCCCCGCCUGUGCUGAGUGUUGCAUUCCCUGCUGCAGAUGCUUGCUGGCCUGGAGAGGAGGGAGGUGGCUGUGGUAGGGAAGAGCCGCUGUGUACAGCAGCCAGUUCUCCUUCCACACUGAUCAUGGCUCUAACCCUUACUUUGGAGAAGCCCAUGUCUAACACUGCCUCUGCGCCCCAGCAAGCCGCCUGGCAUGGUUCGGCGUGCCAGCCUCCACUGGCGCUACAGCGCUCCCUCUGCCAGCUGCUCGGUGCUCCCAGGUUGGUGCAUUCAUGUCUAAAGGGCCACGUUGGUCUAGCUUCAGGCGUGGGCCCAGGGAGCCUUCCCUCCAGGUUCCUGGCCGUGGCCCAGCUGGCGAGGGGCCUGUGUGCAAGGAUGUGAGACUCGGGCUGGUCCCUUGGGAGUAAGUGUCCACGUCAUGGCCCUCUCCUCGCCAGUGUUACUCAGCCCAGGCCGGGCCAUCAAGCUGGCAUGUCUCUCUCCUGUCCACAGGCUCUGCAGGGCAGGAGUGAGGCAUAGAGGCUGGGGGGAACCACUGCGUACUGGUGGAAAGGUUCGCGCUCGGUUCUCAGCCUUGCUAGGCUGAUCUCGCUGGCUUCCCCUGAAGCCUAUGCCCUCUGCUGAGGGAGGACGCGAAUGCUAUGGCCUGCAGGCUGGAGCUUGUUGCUUCUUGCUCAAAGCCUGCCAGCAUCUGGUGCUGGCUCCCUCCAGCUCCCCACAAAUGCGGGUGGCACCUCUCAGAGAGAGAGAAACGCAGAAAUGCGUGUGGAGCUGAUGUAGAGCUACUCAUUACCUAGCCUUUCCCAGGACCCUCCUGUGCUGUUCAGAGGCCUCAGGCUGGAGUCUGGUUGCUUUAGUCCUGUAUUUAUGUCUGUGCCCAGCCCAGCAGUGCCCAGAGCAGGAUCAGCAUCUCUCCUCGGCGCUGGGAGCGUAGGGCUUGCACUCUGCAUGGUACUGGAGACACCCUGCUGGCUCCAGACCACUGAUGGCUGCAGGAGCGAAGAGUGGCUACCAGCCUCCCACACCACCUUGCUUGAGCCGCAGGGCCAAUGGCAGACAAAGGGAUCCAAACCUGGCCCUUACACGCAACUGAAACUGAACCGGCUGCCAGCCCGUCUCCCGCAGUGCGGCUGCUGCUCUCCCUUGCCAGGGCUGGGAAAGGCAGGAGAUGUUCAGAGUCAUCCCUUUAAAUAAAAAAGUACAUGGGAUGAGCACCUUGAGUGUUGAACUCUAAGCCAGCCCCGUCCCCCCGGGACCCCUUUUGAGUGGUACGUCCUGGAAUUAAACAAUGCACGGAGGGGGGGCUGCUGCUGCUGCUGCUGCUUUACGCUGGGUGUUUGGGUGAAAAAGAGCACAAGGGCCUCCCCCUCCCUCUUGCCUCAUCUGUCUUGCUGCUGCUGUUAUUGGGAUAGAUGGGGGGGGUCUAGGAGCCAGCUGGGGUCUGUCUCCCCAUGCCGCAAUCACACCUCCCCACUGCAGGGCAGCCGUUGGGGUUUCAGUAGUGGGUGUUUUCAACAAGCAGAACCAAGGACUCGCGGCUGCUGGGCCCGGCAACGUGGGUCACAGGCUUUCGGCAGUGACAGGCUGAUGGAGCUCCUGAGUGACAGCUCAGGGAUGAGCACUGAUCCCUUUAGUCUUCCUUUUUCUACUACGGGGGGAGCAGGGCUGCAGGCUCUGGGCAGGGCUGAGCCCCUCCGUCCCUGGGGGAAGUGGGAACUAGCAGGCUUUGUUCUAAUCGCUUUUCCUCUCAUCGGUUCGGCUCCCGCCACCCCAGCUGGUGCUGUGCUCAGCUGGUCUGUGUGGGGCUCUCACACCCCUGGGGGAGUGGCUGUGUAUGAAACGCCCUGGAUAGCAAGUGAAACACACAUUACCUCUUUGUAACCCGCUUGCCUAAUUUCCCAGAGGACACUUUUCACCUGCUGGGCCAUUUCCACUCCCUUUGGAUAAGGGACUUUCUUCUAGUCCCAGUGCUAAGGGCAGGCUGAAGCCAGCAGAGGCCCUGAACUCUUGCAUAGAGCUGGAGUCUGAUCAAAGGGAUUGGAAUGGAAACACAACCUCUGCUGAAUGGGAUGUGAGCAGUCAGACCCCUCUGGGAACCGAGAUGGGCCAAAGGUAGCACCCCUUCCGCCCUUAGCCAAUGUAGUGUGUGGAGGGCCAUUAUUGCCAGUUUCCAUAGUGCCUCUGAUCUCUUCCUCUGCUUGGAUCAUAGUGUUUGCUAUUAGCUAUUAGCAAACACUGGGUUUAUUACUAGGCUUCUGUUAACCCCCACGCUCUGUUUUCACUUGCUCAUUUCAUUUCUUUCUCAAUAGUUCUCCUCAGAUGAAACUUUUCCUGCCCCUGACCCCAUCCCGCCCCUAGGGCUGUUACAUGUUGAAACCCUCCCAUUUCACACUAGCAUGGACUCAGCCUCUGGGUGCGAUGCUGCUGGUUCCCCUUUGCGGUGCGGAUGUUGGAUACUCAGGGUCUGGUGUAGUUGUCAUGGCCCAAGCUCUUAAACUCUAACUCCCUUUUCAGAUGUUUUUAACUUUCACCUGCUAGGCUGAAAUGUCCCUGUCCUGGGCUCUGACCAGAGGCGAGCGCUUGGAGAAAGGGUCUGCGACAGCAGUUCUACCUCUCCGGAGAAAGAUUCUACCUCUGGCCCUUGUCUUUGUUAAAAUAAACCACUACAUGUCUGAGACACUCUUCGAAAAGUGAGCUGCUGCCUCAGCCUUCUCUUACUGGGUUUCUAUUUCAUGGCUAUUCUGCCAGGGAGGGUGUGCACUGCUUGAACACUAGUGUGAGCACUUUAAUUCCUGUACAGUCCUGUACGUUGGUUCUAUUUGAGUAGAAAUAACAAACCUUGCUACAGAAUCCUUGUUUACCCUGUAAGUCCCUGACUUACAGAUGGAUCUUUUUCUUGGUUUCUAGAAACACUUUGUUUGCCUGUGUGGGUGAGAGAGUGAGAUGGCAGGCUCCGGGCAGGCAGGAGGCUCCAGGCAGGCAGGGGGGAAGAUGGUUGUGAAACUGGGGUGAGGUGGUUGGUUUUUUUUAAAUUUAGUUCCUAAUCUUGCAAUGACAAAGUCUGAAGAAGAAAGUGUUCUCCUGGGCCCCUCCCCCAAUUCAGAGGGCAGGACUAGCAGCACGAGCCUGUUUUCUACUCCUGCCUAGUCAUCAGAGCCUAGGUUUAAAUGAGUGAGGCAUGGAAGAGCACUUGCUGAACCUGCUGUUCCACACGCUUGCAGAAACCUGACAAGCAGCAUGUGCCACAGGUGUGGUAUCUUGUAUAAACUUCUGGCAGUCAGGUUAUUAGACCCAGCGCUGUUGCACCUGUGACAAGAGACAGUUUAGAUCCCUAGGCCAGCUGCUCCAUGUCCUUUAUUAAAUACACCUUGGAAAGAGUGAAUGCUGCAGCUACUGUGUUGAGCCCCAGACAAAUCUGUGUUCAUGCAUUGUUACCAGACCCUAGGAGUCUGUAACUUCGGGGGUGCUUCAACUAACAUAAAUCACCAAUGUGAAAGAUACCACAGACAGAACAGAUGGCAUGAUCCUUGCCUGUACCUGGAAGGGUAAAGAUAGGGGAAGUGGCUAUGUCUGCAUGGCAGCUGGGAGCGUACCUCCUAGGCCAGGUAGACAGAUACAGCUAGUUCUGCUUUAGCUACCAAGCUAAAAAUAGCAGUGUGAAUGUUGUGGUAUGGGCUAGCCACAUGAGUACAAGCUCAUCUGCCCUCCUUGCAGCUCUGAGCUCAUGGGGCUAGGCCAGGGGUUGGCAACCUUUGGCACCUGGCUCAUCAGGGUAAAGCUGCUGGUGGGCCAGUUUUUUUAUCUGGUCGUCCGCAGGUGGGAACUGUGGGACUCCGUGCCUGGGGACACGCCAGAUAAACCGGCCUGGCCUGCCAGCGGCUUUACUCUGACGGGCCAGGUGUCAAAGGUUGCCGACCCCUGGGCUAGGCCAUGCACUAUCUUUAGCCGGUAGCUCAAACAAUCUGUCUAUCGAGCAUGGGAGGCAUGUUUCUAACUACAUUGCGAACAUACCCUUUUAUCCUGCAGUCUGAUUCCUUGCCAUGCCUGCCCUCCUGCCAAGGGGUCACUUCAUAAUGAGAACAAACCUGGUUAGCUGACACAGCUGCCCUGUAACCUGCAUAGCAAGGGAGGACAGAACCAGGAUCAAGAGUUUGCAGCAGUGACAUCUCCGCCAUCCAAAAGUGAAACAAAACCAAAACCUCCUGGGAAGUUUCCCUGUGGUUACUCCACAACUUGGUGGUUGUAGGAAGGGGGGGAAUGGGGGAUAGUAGCACAGGAAUCUAACGUGCAAAGUAUUGAUUCAAUAAACCACUGUAUUUGAUCAUUUUAA